ACGUUUUUACAGAUGGCGGCUCGCAGUGUUAGGUCGUGUAUUGUGAAACAUAGCUGGUUAUUUUGACAGUGACAUUAUGUCAGCUCCGUUACAAUGACACCGUUUGUACUGCUUUUAAAAAACAAACGUUUAGUACAAUGUCGCAGCGUUACCGAGUUUUAAAGUUGUAAUUCAGACAUGGUGUUAGCAGCAGCGAACUAGCGGGUCCAACUCAGCUGUCCCAAGGAGGAACACACUACUGGACAGAAAAUGUUCCCAGCUACAUGCUCCCGACUGUCCCGUGUGGCUUUAUCCUGCCGAGGACAGAGGACGCUGAGUCUGCUGUCCAGCUCCGGCUCUUCAAACUGGAGCAAAGUUGUCUCCGACGCGGAGAAGAUCGUCGGAUAUCCAACCUCGUUCAUGAGCCUCCGCUGCCUGCUCAGUGAUGAACUCAGUAACGUCGCCAUGCACGUCAGGAAGCUGGUCGGGACUCAGCACCCUUUACUCAACACUGCCAGGGGGUUUGUCUAUGACAGCAAGAACAACCUUCAGAUGAGGGGACUGGUCGUCCUUCUCCUGUCUAAAGCUGCAGGGCCGAACCAGGCAGCCUCUGAUCUCCUCACUCAGGACAUGGUCAGCGGCAUCUACCCCAGUCAGAGGAACCUGGCAGAAAUCACUGAGUUGAUCCACACGGCGUUCUUGGUGCAUCGAGGGAUAGUGGAUCUGAAGGAGUUGACGGUUUCAGACGGCUCGCUGAAGGACAUGCAGUUUGGGAAUAAGAUGGCCGUGCUGGGCGGCGACUUCCUGCUGGCGAACGCUUGCACCGGACUGGCCCAGCUCGACAACACCAAGGUUGUCGAACUGAUCUCUAGCGCCAUUGGUGACUUGGUUCAAGGAGUCUACUAUGAGAAUUCCAGCAUCACUGAGGACAACGGUCUCAUCGAUGGUGUCAACGUGGCGCAGUGGGAGGAGCAGACGUUCCUGUCGCACGGGGCGCUGCUCGCCAAGAGCUGUCAAGCUGCGAUGGAGCUCGCCAGACACGACAUGGAGUCCCAGAGAGUGGCCUACAAGUACGGCAAGCACCUGUCUCUGGGCCACAAGCUGAACUCUGACCUGCAGCCGUUUAUGAAGAGUGACGUGGGAGAGCCGGCGUCGUUCAGCUUCAGCGCCGCCCCGGUGGUUUUCCACCGUCAGAUCGUCGGCCAGGAGACAUGGCAUCAGCAGCUGCAGCAGGCGAAAACUUUCAGAAACCAAGUGGAUUACUCAAAGCUUUUGGCAGCAGUUAAGUCGGAGAAAGGCGUGAGCUCAGCGAUGGACUUGUGCUGUUACCAUAGCAACAAGGCUCUGGAGGCCAUCCAGGCUUUCCCCUCCUCCGAGGCUCGAUCCGCCUUGGAGAACAUCGCCUCCGCCAUCACCAAAUUCUGACCUGGACACACAGACACACACUCCUGUGCAGCCCGGAGUGUCUUUGUCUGCAGAGGAUGAGAUCCGGUGAACAGAUGACACUUCAGAGACAAAUGAACUUGUUGUGAUCCAGAUGCUGGUUUAUGUCUGGAGAAACUCUUCAUCAGAAUGCAGUAUCUAUAAAUGGCCGUCAUUAAAUAAAAACACAUUACUUCA